AUGAUUCUUGGAGUCCUAGUAUGCGCUUUGAUCAUUGGUAGUGCCAACACCGAUCUCCCUAGAACUAAACCAUUUCUGAGUUUAAAUGAAGCCGGUAUUGAAGAUCUUGCAGAAGGUCUCAAGUUCAGAGAGUUCACCAGUGUCGACUUGAUCAACGCAACUCGAAUCAAUGACGUCAAUGAUGUUUUGAAUGUAGUAGUCGAAAUCAAUCCGGAUGCUAUACUCAUUGCCUCUAUGCUCGACGAGGAGCGAUCAAUGGGCACGAUUCGCGGUCCUUUGCAUGGAAUCCCUAUUUUGAUUAAAGACGUAAUCGCCACAAACGAUAAAAUGAACAAUACCGCUGGAUCCUACGCACUAGUUGGGGCUAAAGUGCCUGCAGACUCAACCAUCGCGAGGAAGCUUCGAGAAUCUGGAGCCAUUAUUUUAGGAAAGACUAAUCCCAGUCAAUGGGGCCUUUUCAGAUCAUUCAAUAUCAAUCCCUCGGGUAGUUCGAGUGGUAGCGCGGUGGCCGCGACACUGGGAUUAGCAACGGUUUGCUUGGGCGUAGAAACUAGUGGUUCAAUUAUAGCACCUUCUCAUUACAACAACAUUGUUGAUAUGAAGCCGACCGUAGGAUUGACAUCACGCCAUCUUGUCGUCCCAGUCAGCGAACACAUGGAUACUAUUGGGCCGAUGACGAAGACUGUCAAAGAUGCCGCCUAUUUUCUUCGGAGCAUCGCAGGUGUUGAUCCUUCCGAUAACUAUACCUCUGCUAUUCCGCAUGGAGCAGACCUAGAUUUUGUCAAUGCGUGUAAUAUUUCGGCUCUCAAAGGUGCUCGAUUAGGCAUUCCUCAAAAUGUGAUUUCACUCAUGUCAAAUAAUAGUACGGGAUCAAUGCUUGAGGCUUUCAAUAAAUCUCUGGCAAUUUUACGAUCAGCUGGUGCUAUUAUCAUCGAGAAUACAGAUUUUCCAGCGGCACAAGAAUCCAUAGAUAAUGCUUUACUGACCGUUCAGGUUGUAGCAACGGAUUUUGUUGUGGCCGUGGAGAAACAUCUAAGUUCACUAGUCUACAAUCCGCACAACAUCACAAACUUAGCCGAUCUACGCCAAUGGACUCAAUCUAGCUCACUAGAGGAUUAUCCAAAUAAACCUACGGACGUUUGGGAUGCAGCACUACGAAAUUGGAAUAACGCCGAUUAUGAAUAUUGGCGUGCUUAUCAACAAGCCCUAUACUGGGGUAACCAAGGAGGCUUAUUGGGAGUGAUUAAGCGAUAUGAACUUGACGCUGCUAUUUUACCAUCUUUAUACUCCUGGAACUGGGCUGCUGUUAUUGGCGCGCCCAUUAUUUCGGUCCCGAUGGGAGCAAUGCCGCCUGAUCAGCCGAUAGUAUCUGAUGCUGAUGGAUUAGUAUCUGCGGGGCCUAAUAUUCCAUUCGGCUUCAGUUUCUUGGGAGCAAGAUUUACGGAUGCAAAACUCAUCGGGUUAGCAUAUGCGUUUGAGCAAAGAACAAUGAAAAGAAAAACGGUACAUCCGCAUAUUAAGCCGAGAACCGAUCUUCGAGAUGAGGUUGGGAUGCAAAACAGUUAG